AUGCAAGAUACCAAAGAAAUAGAUCAGGGAAAUGGUGGUUAUAAGAAAGUGCAUUUAGAUACAAUAUUAGUGAAUGAGAUCGGACAGUUCGGUCCGUAUCAGUUGAGGACGGUGCUGCUGUCCGCUCUCGUUGUGUUGUUUAUUGGUUGGAGCGCCAGCGAGUACAUUUUCACAGCGGCUAGAAUUAAUACGAGAUGUUUUAUACCAGAAUGCGAAACGAGAGAGUUGCAAGAAUUUUCUCCUGAAUGGGUGUUAAAUGCAAUACCAGCGAGUGGGAGCUCAUUUGAUAACUGUCAACGCUACCCAAAUGUUACCACUGCUAGUGGCCCCAGUGACACGUGUCCUAAGGAUCUCUUUGACCGGGAUAAUGUAGUACCUUGUGAAGAGUUUGUUUAUGAAAAUACGCACUCGGUGGUGUAUGAUUUCGGACUUGCUUGCGAUGAAUGGAGAAGAACGUUCAUUGGUUCCAUCAGAAACGUGGGCAACUUCAUAGCUCUUCCGAUCACGGGCUACGUGUCGGACAGAUGGGGGCGGCGUGUCCUGCUCAGCGUCAGCGCUGUGAACGCAGCAGUGAUUGGUGUCCUCAGAUAUUUUGCCAAUACAUAUGUAGGCUUCUUCAUUUCGCAAGUUGCUGAAUCCACGUUCGGCUCUGGGGGGUUUUCGUGCGCUUAUAUUCUUAUGAUGGAAAUCGUUGGACCCAAGUACCGCGUAGCAGCCGGCGCUUCUAUGAACACCUUCUACGCCAUCGGUCAAGUGACUUUAGGUUUUAUUGUGUGGGCCCUACCCAAUUGGAGAAAAUUAACGUUGGCCUUAUACAUCCCACAGUUUGUUACUAUCAGCUACUUCUGGAUUCUAUCUGAAUCCAUCAGAUGGUACUUAAGUAAAGGAAGGUAUGCGGAUGCUGAAAAAAUUUUAAAGAAAGCAGCUAAAGUAAACGGAAAACAGUUAUCAGAGAAGUCUUUAGAAGCACUACGACGCACUGUAGAAGAGGAAAAGCUAAAAGCGGAGGCGAAUACGAAUGAAACUUGGCUCGUGCUGCAAGUGCUGCGAAACAGACAGAUUUUAAUAAGAGCCGUGGUGUCUCCAAUAUGGUGGAUUACGAUGACUCUGGUUUACUACGGGCUGUCGAUCAAUGCAGUGAACAUAAGUGGCAAUAUGUAUUUGAACUAUGUGGCGGUGUCUGCGGUGGAGAUCCCCGGGUAUUGGUUGGCCGUGUUUCUGAUGGAGAGGGUCGGAAGAAAGCCCGUACUCAUGGCUGGGUACUGGAUCUGCGCGUCUUGUCAAAUUGCCUACAUCUUUAUGCCGGAUGAGCUAUACGGCGUGUCCCUUGCAGUGUACUUGAUAGGCAAGUGCUGUAUAUCCAUGGUGAUCACAUCGCUGUACGUGUACACCGCAGAGCUGUACCCGACCAAGUAUCGGCACAGCCUCUUCGCUUUCUCGUCUAUGAUCGGGAGACUGGGCUCUAUAACAGCGCCGCUGACUCCCGCGAUGGGUGCAGCUAUAUGGGAAGACUUUCCCUACGCCCUGUUCGCUGGGUUUGCGUUGGUCUCAGGUUUUCUGGUCCUCAUCACGCCCGAGACCCUCGGCACCAAGCUACCUGACACCAUGGAGGAAGCCUCCGAUAUCGGCACAAAGCCUACUUCAUGAU